AUGUCGACAUCAAUAUUAUCAAGUAUUCAAAAUCAACUUAAUUUUUAUGGAUAUUUAAUUCCUAUGGUUUUAGGAAAUGUUGGUAAUACAUUUGUCGUUAUAAUUUUUACUCGACAUCGUACGAAUGCAUGUUCAAUUUAUUUAAUUAGUUCAGCUAUAGUAAAUAAUAUUUACUUAACAUUUACUGGUUGUGCUCAAAUAUUUCCAUUUUAUUAUGGUGAUCAAACAAUACGUGCAUUUGUUUUAUGUAAAAUACGGGCAUAUUUACCAAGUAUUCUUGGACUACUCACUAAAACACUGAUUGC